GCCAAAUUGCCAGACUUUUGCGAGCUUGUCAAAUCGCGGCGGAUGAGCUACGACAACGAGGAGGUGUCUGUUGCUCUGCCGCUGGUCCUGGGUGAGCUGGAGCCAGGCCUCCCAAAGGCAGGAGUGGCGGGGUCCCUCUUAGCGGAAGAGUUUGCAUCUGGUUCUGUUUUGGAGUGGUUAUCCAAGCCUGAGGAAGCCUUACUGCCCCCGGACCGCUGGCCAGCAAAAAUCCCAAAAGCCCGUAUUCAGUGCACAUAUCGAGAGUGGUGUCGAGUAGCCCAGUUCAUGCACGAGCUGGGUAUACUCCGAGCCAUAGACGAAGCAGAAAUUCUUCAUGUUGCAGGCAUGCCAGUAUUAAACGGGGCGUUCGCAGUACUCAAGAAAGGCCAACCAGGCGAAGGAUUCAGUAGAGUGACCCGUUUCAUCAUGAAUAUGAUUCCUGGCAAUGCGUAUCAGAAGCCCCUCCGCGAGGAAGUGGGCACAUUGGCAGGCGCUCCCACAUGGGGCAACAUCAUUCUGCAGAAAGGUGAGGUACUCCUCUGGUCGUCGGAGGAUCAGAAAGGCGCUUUUUACGCCUGGCAACUCCCAGCGGGCUGGGGGAAGUACAUGGCCUUUCACUGGCCUGCACAGUCCUGGUUUCAGUUCUACUUGGACGAUUUUGAUGCGGUGGAGAUCUUUGAGGGGUGGAAAUAG